AGGACAACACACUAAUUGGAAUAUCCCCUUUGCACCUAAACUUAUCUCGAGUUGACCUGUUGCAAAUCAAAGCUGUGAAAAGCGAACUAUUGGAGAAUUUCAUUGCUGGAGAGAAACCACUGGAGACCGGAUCCUGCUGAAACAAGAAAGCUACUGGACAACCUAACUGCCGUGGAAAACUUGGAUAUCUUUGUCAUGGCCUUGAGAAGAUCUGAGGGAUACCUGCGGUGGAGAGACCCCCUCGAGUGGGACGGCGACGAGGCAGGUGACAUGGACUACAUCAUCGAACGUCCUGCGAUGGAUGGCCUCCCUGAAGUUAUCAGGAUUCUGGACGACGAAGAUGUCAACCACCCAGACUACAUGUCAUCUGAGGACGAGGAGUUUGGCAGUGACGAGGAGGUUGAAGAGGAAUGGUCUGAUGAGAGCCUUGACUCAGGAUACAGUACCAUGACUGAUGAUGAGGACGACCCUGAGGACUGUGAGGACGACCAGGACAGACCUCGCUCGCCUCUCCCGCUCCCACCACCAAACUUUUGGCAGGAGUGGCGAAGACAGUGCCAUCCAUUUCCAGCUGCCACUCCUCACGCUGCUACCGCCGGUCCCACUCGCGUUCCGGACGCUGCUCCCUCAACCUCAGGCCUCGGCACCUCCACGAAGCGGAGCAGGGAAGACAGUGACGCACAGGAGGUAAGUAUGAAGAGACCGAGGAGGGAUGACGAGGACAGCCCUGAAGACUCAGCUCCUUCGACAUCAGGCCUCGGCGUCUCUACACACAGGAACAGAGAGGAGGACUACAGGGACUCGGCUCCUUCGACUUCAGGACGCUGUCGCUUCACUCCUUCGGGAUUCCCAGGAAUCCAGCUUCUUUAUUUGCCAAGACGGGAUGAUGACAGCGACUCAGAUUAACCUGUGAGGACUUUACCUUCGGUGGAGCUGGUGAUACCCCAAGUAGUCUUUGCAUCUGGCGAGGCUGUCAAAGCCCUCGGUAGUGUCUUGCACCAGGGCCUGUGUGUACAUAUCUGGUAGCCAGAUUGUCCCUCUGUAAUCUGAAGGGCUGGGAAAGCUACAUCAGCCUUCCUAUGAAUCUGGCUUUGUAUAUAGUUUUUUAUUCUUAGCAAGAAUUCCCUUUAAUAGUAAUGGAUAAGGUACUUAAAUGCAUUUUUUGACCAAUUUCAGCCAUUCACACACACACCAACAGCAGCAAGUUGCCAUGUGAGACACAGACCUAAACAUUGGGAGCAAUUUUGGGUUCAGUGUCUUGCCCAGGCACACUUCAACAUGUGGACAGGAGGAGCAAACAAAUCCACCCUGUUCCCAUCAGUCGAUCUAACCUGCGAGUCUCUGAACACCUCUGGACUCAGAACCUGCAACAACAACAACAACAAAAAAAAAAAAAAUCCACACAGGCUCAAGGAGAAAAUGCAAGAGCAGAGCCUGCUAAGCAAUGCUACAUGAAAUACUUCAACUGUAUUAGUGUGAUUGUUGUGGAGAAGAACCAAGGAUCAAACAAAAACAAAAAGAAACAAACAAACAAAAACCACUGCAGGUAAAGUAUGAAAUGCUCAUGACAUGAUGUGUGAGAAAAGGUAAGUAUGAAUGUCUGAGCUGCAAAGAAAAUGUCACCAUUUAGUUAAUAUUUUAACAACUAUUUCAUCAUGUUUACUCUGUUGUUAUUUAACUCUAGCAUACAGAGGUAAGUGAACAGUAAUUAUCAACAUCAUUAACAAAAGUGUCCUGUAAAUUUUAAUUUCACUUAUUUAACACCUCUGAGAUUAUUUACUCACUCACUCUGUUAUACUUUGUUUUGUUUUUUUUGGUGUAGAUGCUUUACCAGACAAAGGUAAGUCAGUGCUUAUUGGCAACAAUAACAAAUACCUCAUCAGUGUUACCA